UUCUGGUUGGCCUCGGGGCGCGCUGGCUUGGGUCUUCCUCCGUCCUCGAGGUCCCAGUAGUCCCAACGUUCAGCCCCCUAGGGGCACCGGCGCGGCAGUGGCCUCGCAGGGCGCUGGGUUCCACUCUCCAGCUCUCCUCCCCCUGGCCCCGUCGCCCCGCCCUCGCCGGGCUGGGCUGCGGGGUCAGGGGCCGAGCGGAGCGGGGUGAGUAUUCCCACAGCCCCUGCCGGUCGCCUCCUCCCGGCUCUGCUUCCCACACGGUCCUCGCCCUACUCCUAGGACAGGGAGGAAGGGCUCGCGCGGGUAGGCGGGACACAGCCCAGUCCUGAACAAAAGGCCGGGGAAGCGGAUCCCCGCCGGUGAACUGCAGGCCUGUGUUGGCCGCCGCGCUCUGGGCGAGCGGGGAAGGGCGAGGACACUCCCUCCCCGGGACCCCGUCCCCGUCGCGCACAAGGUGUCACCAGCACUCCUGGCCCAGUACCCAAAUGCUGCAGCACCCUCGAAUUAUCAUUUAACAUGGAAGAAGAUGAGUUCAUUGGAGAAAAAACAUUCCAACAUUAUUGUGCAGAAUUCAUUAAACAUUCACAACAGAUAGGUGAUAGUUGGGAAUGGAGACCAUCAAAGGACUGUUCUGAUGGCUACAUGUGCAAAAUACACUUUCAAAUUAAGAAUGAGUCUGUGAUGUCACAUCCAGGAGCAUCUACCCAUGGACAGACAUGUCUUCCCAUGGAGGAGGCUUUCGAGCUGCCCUCAGAUGAUUGUGAAGUGAUUGAAACUGCAGCAGCGUCCAAAGUGAUUAAAUAUGAGUAUCAUGUCUUAUAUUCCUGUAGCUACCAAGUGCCUGUACUUUACUUUAGGGCAAGCUUUUUAGAUGGGAGACCUUUAACUCUGAAGGACAUAUGGGAAGGAGUUCAUGAGUGCUAUAAGACGCGACUGCUACAGGGACCAUGGGACACUAUUACACAACAGGAACAUCCAAUACUUGGACAACCCUUUUUUGUACUUCAUCCCUGCAAAACGAAUGAAUUCAUGGCUCCAGUAUUAAAGAAUUCUCGGAAAAUCAAUCAGAAUGUCAACUACAUCACAUCAUGGUUGAGCAUUGUAGGACCAGUUGUUGGGCUGAAUCUACCUCUGAGUUAUGCCAAAGCAACCUCUCAGGCUGAACGAAAUAUCGAUUAACAAGAUUCUUUUAUCGAGCUUAGAAAUUUGUGGUACGAAGAAUGUCAAGAGUUUACCUGACCAGCCCUGGCUUUAAUAGGACCAAUACCAUGGAAUAUUUCAUCUCACCAAGAUUUGACAUGGAUUAUUUUUCCCUUGGACACAAAUGUCUACAGCAACUGAUAUUUGAUAGACUGAGUGUUUAGAAGAAACAUUUCAAAGGCGUACAUCAUGGCCAGGCAUGGUGGCUCACACCUGCAAUCCAAGCAUUUUGGGAGACCAAGCCACCUUGAGCCUGGGAGUACGAGACCAGCCUGGGCAACAUGGUGAAACCAUGUCUGUACAAAAAAAUACAAAAAUUUGCCUGUUUGUGGUGGUGUGUGCCUGUAGUCCCAGCUACUCAGGAGGCUGAGGUGGGAGGUUGGCUUGAGCCCAGGAGGCAGAGGUUGCAGUGAGCUGAGAUUGUGUCACUGCACUCCAGCCUGGGUGACAGAGCCAGACACUCUCAGAAAAAAAAAAAAAAAAAAAGACACAUCUCUAUAAAUAGCAAAAAAUGAAUCUUAACUUACUAAUACUAGGAAUACCAACAUUAUUAGGGCAACUUGCAGGUUAUUCUUUUCUAGGCCAAGUACUUCACUUCCAUUUGUCUGAUAUGGAGAUUGAGGGAGAAAUGUAUUUGUGUAUUCAUUUUAAUGUAAGAUACACAAAAAUUAAAUUACUGGAUUUACCUGUCCCUGAAACUGGUGUUAUAAACAUGACCUAUCUUAAGUGAUUCUCCCAGAAUCAAACUCAGGAACAAUAGAUUAUUUCUGUUUUACUCCAAAGAUGGGGGAGAGAGAGAAAGAGAGAGAGUGUGUGUGUGUGUGUGUAUGUAUGUGUGGGUGUUUGUGUAGACAGAUAGAUGUAAAAUAAAGAAAAAAACACAAUAUUUUACUGUGAGACAAUAUGUUUUACCAGCGAAGUGUGGCAUAGUAAUUAGAAGUUUUCUAAAAAGCUAUAGGAAAUAUUUAAACAUUAAAAUUUCUUUUUGACCUACAGUAAUAAAACAAUGGUCAUUUUACCCCUCUACUUCUCAACCCCACAGCUGCUCUGCUGUACUCUUUGAGGGCUCGUAAGCGAGUCUUCGUGUCCCUGAGACUUAUUUUCCUCAUCUUUAAUUUGAAAAUAACAAGCUACCUCAUAGGGUUGCUGUGAGAACCAUAUGAGAUCAUUAAUGCAUGAUAAGAUACUGUAAAGUAUUAUACAAAUAUUCAUUAAAUGCUCACCUUUCUUGUAUAUAAUUGGUAUUCACUCAGGCUGUAAAUAAGUUUCAUAGCCAGUUAAGUAUUAAGAUAAACCUAACCUGGAAC